CCCGUCAACACACACACACACACACGCUCACACACACACAGCGCCUGGGCUUUAUAUCGCCGUGCCAGCCUUUCAGAGUGACGGCACUGGCUGAGAGAGAGAGGGAGGGAGAGAGACAGAGACAGAGAGAGAGAGAGCUUAUAUAACACCAGCUCUGGGAAAUGCUGGAGAGCCGGGGGGACGUUUGCCGGACAAUAAUCGGGGAAAACGGCGACCACAGCGGCCACAGACUGAGAUGCGGUGGCUCGACACCGGGAUGCCGUCGGACGCGCACCGCGGCUGAAGCUUUUCCUCACGGAUCAUCCUGGAGUCAGUGACCAGAGCCUGGAUAUGACAUCCCUCUCUGUCGUAACACAUUCACUGUUUCUGUGCUGCUAUUGGUCAUUGUGGCAAUGAAGGAUCAAGACACACCGUCUAUACCACUGCCAGAUGCUGUCGGACUGUCUCAAAAUCAUGAAGUUCUAAGUAGGCUACACAUCCAUCUUCUUGCUCGUAAUCCAUGAACUGGCCUUCCGCUGAGGUGAGAGACAGUCAAACGGCGUGGGAAUGGUGGCACCUCUCUACAAGCUGCACUGCCUGUUGAAGCGGGCUCAGAUGCUGCUGCUCUGCCUCGGCAUCGCCUAUCUGAUGGCCGGCAGCAUCCUGCUCCUGCAGCGCUCCAGCAUCAGAGUCGCCCAGCCAAACCUCGCCAUCCUGCCGCCCAUGCUGUCCCUAGCAGCGCCUCCCACCGCCCUCAGGACAGCGGGCCUGGCCGUGAGGGCCCGCUCCAGAUGGGCCGCCGUUCAGUCUGUCUCUGGAGGGGGAGCCAAGGCAGGGCGACACUGGCCCGCUUCCCGCAGCCUUGGGGUCCAACACUUGCAUCGCCGCUGGUUUCACAGUCUGCUGCCAGAGAGUCCAGAGCAGAGAGUCCCUCUGCACAGGAGCAGCAGGCACAAGGGGACCUACAUCGGUUGCUUUCUGCACAAUGCCAGUGAUCGAGCCCUGGGAGGGACCAUGCUUUAUGACCUGCGCAAAAUGACCAGUUCUCUGUGUCAGGACACCUGCUCGGAAAGUGGGUACCAGUUUGCAGGUCUGGAGUACGGAGCUGAAUGCCACUGCGGGAACCGGAUCACUAGCCUACGGGCUCCUGAGGAGGACUGUAGUCUGGUCUGUCGGGGUGAGCGAGGUUCUCCCUGUGGCGGUGUCGGCCGACUCUCCAUUUACAAGGUGGAGGAGCAGCUGCCGGGUCACAGAAAAUUCAGAAAUGUUCACUUCCGCGGCUGCUUCAAGUUGAAGAACAGCACAGUCGCCACCUUCCCCGUCUACUCCCUUCAGCCCAACCUGACAACACAGUCCUGCAUAGAGACCUGCACUGAUAAGGAGCUGCCGCUGGCUGUGUUCAAGAAACCGCACUGUUUCUGUACUUGGACGUCUCCUCUGUUCAGUCUCAACACUGCUCUGAACACCACCAGCAACUCCACACCCACAGCAUCCACCGAGCACGACCACUACCAGGUGUAUCACACGCCUGUGCUUGACUCCAGGUGCAAAGAGAGGAUGUUUCUGCCUCAGAGAUCCAGCUCCCUCGUGGCUCUUUCCAGUUUUCCUGGUGCAGGCAACACCUGGGUACGACACCUCAUCGAGCUUGUGACCGGCUACUACACUGGCAGCUUCUAUUUCGACGGCACGCUAUACAACAGAGGUUUCAAAGGAGAGAAAGAUUACUGGAAGAGUGGCCGCAGCAUCUGCGUGAAGACCCAUGAGAGUGGUCAGAAAGAGAUUGAAAUGUUCGACUCGACCAUCCUGCUGAUUCGAAACCCUUACCGCUCCCUCAUGGCUGAAUUCAACCGCAAGUGCGCCGGACAUUUAGGACACGCUACAGAUACACAGUGGAAAAGUAAAGAAUGGCCAGAAUUUGUCUCCAGCUAUGCCCCCUGGUGGGCAUCCCAUGCACUGAGCUGGCUGAAGUUUGGACACCGCCUGCUGGUGGUGCAUUACGAGGAGCUGCAGAGAGAUCUUCUCCCUCAGCUCCGUCUCAUCACAAGUUUUCUAAAUGUCACUAUGACUGAGGAGAGGCUGCUUUGUGCCCAGAGCAACCAGGACGGCCAUUUUAAGCGUUCGGGGGCGCAGAAGUCCUCCUUUGACCCGUUCAACCCCGACAUGAAACAGAUGAUUGACUCCUUCAUCCACACUGUUGACGAGGCACUGCAGAGCAGGAACUUUAGCAGACUUCCACAGGAAUACCUCCCUAGAUGAUGAUGAUCUGAAAAGGUCACCGAUGCCUGGUCCAGCAGGGUAGUUCUUCACGAAGUGCUCUGUGGGGAAGAGACACACGCUGGCUUAUACAAGUGGACCACCUGACUGUUUGAUAAGCCAGACGCACUAUGAAUGGCUGGAGAGUCAUGGAAACACAGCAGAGGUCACUGGAGAAAACAUGACAAUUCAUCGUGAGAUCCGCCGGUGAAGAAUGAUGAACGCCUCAGGGCCGGGGACUGCCGCUCUGCGAGCAGCAAAUAUGACAAAUACUCAGAGAGGAUUUGAUGUGAUUUGUUGGACUGCAGCGCCGGGAUUAUCCAGCAAAGUGCCCGACUGCACAAAUAUGAAUGUGUGUAAAUCCAGGGCAGACUCAUUUCAGUUAAAGAGGGGUUUUUCUGUGACUCUUCCCAAGUUCACUUUAGUACAUAUAUAUUAUGUUUCUAAUAUACGACCGUGUUAAUAAAAUGAUCUGUCAUACUAACACAGAUGAUAGACACAGGAGCAUUACUCUGAUUGUACAGUGUUUAAGGGGGGAUUCCACUGGUUGCUCCAUCAUGGUGGAUAAAAGCCUUAAAGCCGAAUGAUGUGACUGAAUGGACUCUCCGUACGACUCGUACAUGACUGUACACGAAGCAGAAAUGUGUUGAUUACAGUGAAGCUGCUUUAAACUGUAUGUGACACCCAGCUGUUUCAGUUAUGAGCAUUUUAUUUUAUUAAAUGCAUUUGGGUUGAA